GUCAGGGCCAUAGCAGCGGGCGAGGCGCACUCGCUGUUUUUGAUGGACGACGGGAGCGGGAUAGCUUGCGGGUUGAACUCUCACGGUCAGCUGGGGGAUGGAACUUUCGAGACUCGGAGGGAGGCUGUCAGGAUUGCAGAUUUUGAUGGGGCAGCUGUCGAGCUGGCGGCAGGCAGCACGCAUUCCAUGGCGCUGCUCGAGGAUGGGAGCGUCAUGUGUUGGGGCUCCAAUGCCACAGCUCAACUUGGG